AUGCAACUGAUUCCAGAGUUUAUCUUUGUGCCUCAUGAGGGUAGUCAUACUAGUAACAGUCAGCUCUCUCUUCGGCGGUUUCACACUCACGAAGGCACCACUGGUGCUGGUAGUGGUACUAGUAGUAGAAGGACCCACCGAAGACUGCUUGCUCAUGACGAGAAACUCCGCCGAUGGAAGAGUAUCUGUGGCAGUGACAAGAAUGGUAAAGGCAGUGGAAACAAGGACUCUGCCUCCUCAUCUCCACCUUGUUUGCCCAAGAGAAAGGGAUCUUCCUCCAAGCUGUUUCCUAUUUGCAAGAAUGAUACUGCUACUGGUACUGAUGCUAACAAACUGCCAAAGGACCUUCUACCACUGCCUAAUGAAGAUUCACACAACUUGAAGCUCACUAGAAGAAGCACUCUGCCUCCAACGUUACCCUCAAGAUUCAAGUAA